AUGGUCGAAGAUCAUGCGAAGCGUAAUGUGGGGCAUCGAAAAGCUGAUGCAGUAAUGCUUCGAACUGAUGACUGGUCGUCUGACUCCGGAACGGAUGAUUUUAUUGACGUGCCUCUUUCUGAUCCUCUUCUUGAACAACAGUUAAUCGGAUGUAAAGCUGAAGAACAAAAAGAAUCUAACUCAAGCCAGCCAUCAACUUCAGCAAUCAUUGAAAAGCAGGAAGCAGCUUCAUCGACGUCUAGUGAAAUAGCAGAAGCUUGGGAUCCUGCAGGGGACAGCGACACACGUGACUCUCAGUGGGAUGACAAGGAUGGACUGCGAAAUAAUGUCCCAAGCAGUCGAGAUUCUGAAUGUUACAAAGAUCUUCAGGACUUCUUGACCGCCUGCGGCUUUCCAUGGAUAGAAGCACCGGGUGAAGCAGAGGCUCAGUGCGUAGAGUUGGAGAGGUUGGGGUGUGAUCUCGGACGACAGCGAUGUUUGGGCCUUUGGAGUGAGAAAUGUGUAUCGUCAUCUUUUUUCGAAAGAACAAAGAAUGUACAGCACUACGAUUCACGCAUAGUCCGACAAGCAUUAGGUCUUUCACAAGCAGACUUCGUCGGGAUCGCUGUUCUUUCUGGUGGUGACUACUCUCCAGGUCUGGCGAGUAUUGGAAUAGUGAAUGCAGUUGAACUUCUGUCCGAGUUUGCAGUGAGUAGAUCUGAUGAGCAAGGCCAAUCUCAAGAGAAAGAGACGUUGAUGACCUUGAAGAAUGUUGAAACAUGGAUGGCUACAUUUGAUUCAAAUGAAGAUCCACCGGAGCCAGUAGCCCUACGUCGCAAGCUUCGGGCUGUAAUAAAGAAAAAUAAUGACAUGGAGAGAAUCAAAUCGAUUGUUAACCCUGAAGUUGUGGCAGCAUAUUUCCGGCCAAAUGUGGACAAAUCGCGUGAGAAAUUCCGCUGGAAGAAGGUUGACAUGGAACGAGUACGAAUUCUACUGUACUCCCGGCUUGGUUGGGAUGACGAAAAAUGUGAUAAGCAAACAUUAAUCCCGCUGCAACGGUGGAACGAGUUCAUAACUGGAGCAGCAUCGUAUCAGCGACAUAUUACCUCUUUCACACACAAACUGCAGCAGUCUCCAGCUGAGCAGAAGACGUCAUUGACCAAAAGAGUAGAAACUGCGCUUGCUAAUUUGGCAAAACGUACAGGUUCUUCAUCAAAUCUUCGGGCUCUAUCAUCGGAACCGUUGGAGAAAAAGGUGACGAAGAAGCAGUCCCGACCGGUGAGGACACGCGCGAAGAAAUCAGCAGCUAAAAGUUCUCCUAAAGAUUUACAACUUUCUGAAGAAUCCGAUUCUGAUGAAGGGUAA